AUCGCAGCCGUGUUUAAAAUGCGGCAUGCGAUUGGGGCGGCCGCGCCGAUAGUAUGGAUUACGGCCUCUUGCACUACGGACCGACCCACGCGUCGCCGCUCCAGAGGGCCCCACUUAGACCCCACCACUCCUAUCACACCGAGCGGUGUCACUUCUGCCCGCCCUCGCUAGAUGGCAACGGCUCUGCCAUGGCCCACAGUGGUCAGUCCACUCCUCCGUCGACGAGCGAGGAGCAAGACCAAGUCAAGCAGCUCAAUCAACGUGGGGGCUUCAGCAGCGCUAAGCCCGUUUCAGGCACCGCUUGGGAAGCGCCAGUCUGUUGCGUUGCCUGCCGCAGCGGAGCAGUCAAUUUCUGCCGCAAAAUGCCCAACAUCAAGGUUUUCAGCGGGUCGUCGCACUGCGAUCUCGCCCAGAAAGUGGUCGACAGGCUCGGCAUAGAACUCGGAAAGGUUGUUCUUAAGAAAUUCAGCAACCAAGAGACGUGUGUAGAGGUAGGGGAGAGUGUUCGUGGUGAAGAUGUGUACAUCAUCCAGAGUGGAUGUGGGGAGGUGAAUGACAACCUGAUGGAGCUGCUGAUCAUGAUCAAUGCCUGCAAGAUUGCCUCUGCAUCCCGAGUGACUGCUGUCAUACCUUGCUUCCCAUAUGCAAGGCAAGACAAGAAGGACAAGAGCAGAGCACCAAUUUCAGCCAAGCUCGUUGCCAACAUGCUGUCUGUUGCUGGUGCUGAUCACAUCAUCACAAUGGACCUACAUGCCUCGCAAAUACAGGGCUUUUUUGACAUUCCGGUGGACAACCUGUAUGCCGAGCCUGCAGUUCUCAAGUGGGUUCGUGAGAAUAUACCCGAAUGGCGCAACAGCAUCAUUGUCUCUCCCGACGCUGGAGGAGCCAAGAGGGUCACAGCCAUAGCGGAUCGUCUCAAUGUGGAAUUUGCUCUGAUCCACAAGGAGCGCAAAAAGGCCAACGAGGUGGCCAGCAUGGUGCUUGUGGGAGACGUCAAGGAUCGAGUUGCCAUUCUGGUGGACGACAUGGCCGACACCUGCGGCACCAUUGUUCAUGCAGCCGACAAGUUGAUGCAAGCAGGUGCCAGCAAGGUGUAUGCCAUUCUCACUCACGGCAUCUUUUCGGGGCCUGCUAUAUCUAGGAUCAAUGAUGCCUGCUUUGAGGCUGUGGUCGUUACAAACACCAUACCACAGGAUCAACACAUGAAAGAGUGCCCCAAGAUUCAGUGUAUCGACGUCUCCAUGAUCCUUGCCGAGGCGAUUCGCAGAACGCACAACGGAGAGUCUGUGUCGUACCUGUUCAGUCAUGUGCCAAUGUAGCUGGAAGGAAAAUGCACACACCAUCGCUGGUUUAUUGCCCCCCUUUGUUUUUUUCCUCCAUCUCGCCAAAUGACAUCUUCCUUAUGGUGAUGAUGGCCUUUUCUUUUUAAACACUAGAUAAUGACCCCCCCCCUAUGAUCAUUGUGAUUUUCUGCAGAGCUGUCCACUUCAUUUGGGUAUUGCCACAGAUGGUGCAAUUUUCUGUUCCCAAUGAGCAACAGCUGUUGAGGGGCACUUUCCAUUCAAGUGGCUUUGAAACAGUGUAACCUGUGCUUACAGCCAUUGCAAGUGUCUGCACUUGUGUUGAUUUUUCUGUGCCUUUUUGAUUAGCCCGCUUGCCAGGGAAUGUUGGCUAGGCUGUGCAAUGUGCCCUUCUCUCUCUCUAAUUUUCUAUUCUUGCUUUGUUUUGUCAGCAGAGGCAGCAGUGUGUGUUAGUAUUUGUACUUUUAUUUUUAGCAGGGUACUGACAAAAAUUAGUGCCAUGCACGACAAGAAGCCUCGUGGAAUUUAUCUGACAUAGUUUAUAUUUUAUCUUAUUUGAUAGCUGAGGCACAUAGUGGCCAUAGGUAUUUUCCCUGUUAAGCAAUGGAAGAGGGAUGGGGUAAGGUUACGUAAACCAGAUAGUGUGUUCGACUAUCAAAUGUCUUCUUGCUUUUACUGGAAUAGUGCAAGCUUUUACAUCACUCAAUGAUCCCAGCACAUGGUAGCUGUCUGAUGAUUUGUUCUGUGUAUCGCGAACAGUUGGUAUUUGUGCACAGCUUGCCUUAUUGGUUGGCAAGAAAUGGAGAAAGAGGAAGGUUCUGCUGGGAUUGCUUGCCGAAAUGUUACUUUGUUUCUUACCACUCGUGCCGAGCAUAUGUCAAACAUGUUCUUGUUAUCUGUACACUGACCAACAUGUGUUAAAUUACGUACCUGUACAAUUGCAAGAGGCUGCUCUAGAGAAGUGGCCUCCACUUUGUUGCUUUCACUGUGUGCAAUGUCUCUGCUGUUUCCCUUGCUUACUUUUCAGUUGACAGAUAUUUCAGCACUUUUCAGUGAAGCAAUACUGAAGAACUACCAUGGCAUUUCUUUGUGCUCUGUUAACACCGAAGAAUCUGCCAAGUGAUCAGAGACUGCUUGAUGCAAGGUUGUUGCCCAUACAAGCAGAUUGCUUUGUACAUUUGUGAUGCAUUCCAUUAUUGUCCAGAAGAAAAAGUGCAUGCGCCAGGCAUUCUACUUGGGCAUUCUUUUCAUGUUGUCUUUUCUUUGGCAUUAAAUGAGAGUUUUAGCUAC